GGUAGAGCGACAGGCACGCGGAGGCUGCCUGGCGAACUGACGCGCUUCAGGCAACUUUAACUUCAAAGCGAACGGAUUCGCACCAGUUCCGAAAACUACCCCAUACGGCGCUGCUUCGGUAUGCUCUGCAACGAGAACAAAAUUCCAUUGGUUUCCAAAAGACAAGGAGAAAACAGCAGCAUAAACUGCAAAUAGCUACUGUUCCCUGUGUUAUUUGGAAAAUAUAAAGGUCGUCGAUUUAAAAGUUUUGCGAGACAGACGCUGAUGCACGAUAUAUUGCCAUCCGAGAUUAACAACAGUUCGACGAUUUCAUUCACAGAGGGCGGCUGUUAAGGAUUUGUCUUCAAGUUGCGUUCUAUUCAUUUUGAAGUGGAAGCAAGAGUAAUAAUUGGCCAUUGGUGGCAAAGCCCCUCAAAUAAAAAAAACUGGGUUCAAGGACAACGCGUUUGAAUUUAACGUGACCCGAAUAAAACCAAAGCAAAUUUAUUUCAUUCGGGUGAUAUUUUAAAGGCGAUGGUGGGCAGACUGAGUUUUAAAAAUGUGACUGACGACGAUCCUUUGGAUAUGAGCUGUAAAGCGGAGCGCCCGCUCGACAGCCCGGACUCCGGUCUGCCCCCCAGCCCGAGCCCCAGCGCAUGGCUGCAGCCGGUCGGCCCGGAGAAAGGAGCGGUGAGCCUCCGGGCGCAGGACGAGAGACGGGCAGCGCCCGUGGUACGUGUCACAUCAGCUGGAACGGUUCCGCUGCUACACCCAUUGUCCUACGGAGAAGGAAUCGAGCUGGAGCCGCUGCCGCCGAAAGAAGUCCGAUACACAUCGUCAGUGCGCUAUGACUCCGAUCGACACUUCAUCCAUGACGUGUCUCUGCAGCCCAGAGGUUUGGGACUGGAGUCCUGCAGUCAGACGGUUCUCGUGCUGCCGCACAGCACCUGGCGACGCUACCGGACCCAGCUAGAGCUGCAUCCCCGCCUGCGCCCACAGCGCUACCAGAGCACCACUAUCGUGUACCCCAAACACGCCCGCGCCAUCUACACCACCCAGCUGCGCUACGACUGCCGCAGGUCCGCCAAGCGCUUCCUCUGCAGCGUGGAACUGGAGACCGCAGACGGCAGAUACGUCCAGCAGAGUGAAACUGGUCACUGUCCAGUUGGGAAUGUCCUCAUUGACUGACUCUACGUCACAACUGUCAACCUAACUGCCAGAAAAACAACCAAAAAUAAAAUAAAAAAAAAAAAAACAGAACACCCAAAAUGUGAGUCCUGGGGCAUUGGACCUUCAAACAGUCUACAGAACAUUCAUUAACUUGCAUUGCUUGGAAGGUUCUACAGCUGAUCUUUUAACUAAGAAAGGCCAUGAAAUGAAAUGGAGGCAGAAUUUCAACUGGCUUGGUAAUGUGCCUUGGGUAUGUGUAGUUUCAGAAUUGUGUUUUUGUGGGGGGAGU